AUGGCUGCAAGUGGUCGUCGAAGGAGGAUUGACACUGUAACAACAACCCUCUUCCAAGUUGAAGGAUAUGAAUUAUACACAAGAUGGAAGGAUCAAAUACUGGCAGACUUUGCUCGACGAUCCCAACGAACAAUUUCUUUCAAGGAAAAGUUUAUGGGAAAA